AUGCCUGGUUUAAAGAACCGUCACCAUGAGCAGGAGCCGCCUAUCGGCGAGAUUCCUGUUCCUCACGGCCCUGCUUUUGGCAAUGAGUACGAAGACUACCCCCAAGGCAUGCCCCCCGCCACAGAGUAUGAGAAGGAAAUCUUCAAGCACAUUACUCAGCCGGAUGACUCUUUUACACCCGAUGGUGUGUACUGGGCCGAUCUGCCGUUCUGGAAGCGAUGGCGCUUCGUCAAUCAGGUGGACAGAGCCGAGGCCGCAGCUGAGCUCGGCACCAUCUGGUCAAUGAUGAAGAAGGAUCCUCUGAGCCCUCUGGGUUGGUAUUGGAGACACGCUAUACUUCCCGGUGCUGGACUCGGUCUCGAGGGCUACACUCUUUUCUCUAUUGGUAACCUCGAGCCAUUGUUCAAGGAUGUCUGGCCUCAGUGCUGGAGCAAAUACACCGUCUGCAGCCACAACUGGGUGUCAUCGAUUACCUACCUUGAAGUUAUUGGUAUCAUGGUCGGUCAAGUUGGCGUUGGUUUUAUUGGCGACGCCAUUGGACGACGAUGGGGUCUCAUUCAAGAUGCCGUGAUCAUGUUCCUCGGUCUCUGUAUUCUCACAGGCUCCUGGGGUGUCACGCUCAACGGCUGGAUCAUCUGCUACGCAUGGGCUCUUUUCUUCUACGGAUUUGGUGUCGGUGGAGAGUACCCUAUCACUGCGACCUCUUCUAUGGAAAAUGCCGUUACCGCUGGAAAGAUGUCGACUCGGGAUGACCGUCUGCACCGUGGCCGCAAGGUCACCAUGGCUUUCUUGAUGCAAGGAUGGGGUCAGUUCGUGAACCAGGUUCUCCUCAUCGUGCUCAUGUUCAUCUUCAAUCGCGGUUACGGCAACCCGCCCUACAGCGAGACGGCUACGCAGUGGGUUUUCCGUCUCUCUUUCGCCAUUCCUGCUCUUGGAACGCUAUGGCUCGUCUACUACCGUACCUGGAAGAUGCCGCAAGCCAGCAAGAAGCUACAGCAAGCCAAGAAGAAGGCCAACGUUACCGGUUAUGAUACCAAGUCUAUGAAAUUGACCUUCAAGAACUUUGGUGGACGUAUCCUUGCUACAGCCGGUGGCUGGUUCUGCAACGAUGUCUUCUUCUACGGCAACAAGCUUUUCCAGGGACAAUUCAUCAACAUCGUGUCGGACAACCCCUCGUCAGUCAUGACAACCUGGACCUGGAAUCUGGUCAACAUUGUGGUCUCACUCUGUGGUUACCACUUGGCCUCUUUGUUGAUUGAUAACAAGAUGUACGGCCGUAAGAUGAUGCAGCAGGUUGGCUUCUUCAUGUGCUUCAUCAUGUUCGUCAUCCCAGCUUUCAACUACAAGUACUACACCAGCCCGGCCGGCAUUCACGCUUUCCAGGCCAUGUACUUCCUGUCGUCUUUCUUCAACCAAUUCGGCCCGAACGCUGUCACUUUCCUCGUUGCUGGUGAAGUCUUCCCGACCCAGAUUCGUGCCAGUGCUCACGGUUUCUCUGCCAUGAUCGGAAAGUCUGGGGCUCUACUUGCCUCCGUUUUGUACAACUACAUCGACAACCAGACCAAGUUCUACGUCGUGCCUUGGUUUGGCCUCGCUGGAAUGCUUAUGACUUUCCUCUGGCUCCCUGACACCACUGGUCUUGAUCUGAAGGAGCAAGAGCGCCGUUGGCAAUACAUCCUCAGCGGCCAUCCAGAGGACUACCAUGGUAUCGCUAUUCACCCGAAGCAUUUGUCUCUAUGGGAGCGCUUGAUGGGUGUCGGAAAGGCCUACCACCCUGACACCGAUCUGAAGGCCAAGAUUCGUGAUAUCAGAGCCGACUGGGAGGAGAAGCGGGCCGCUAGGCAAGACCCAGAGCAAGCCGACCUUGUUGAUGAUGAUGACGAAGACCUCACCGACGAGAUCCACAGCUACUUCACCACCGGUCAGGCACCUAAGGGUCGCGGUCUCGAGUACCUGAACAAGGAGAACAAGUACUUCAACAAGCAGAAGGGUGCCGCCGAUGCAUCCCCAGCGCAAGAGGGUGAUCAUACGAAGACAGACGAGAUCAACGAAAUUUCCGAAAAGGACCAUGGAUCUGCUUCGUCAUCUUCCUAG